CUACGGCAAUUAACCAAAACAAGGCACCAUAUGUGUGCACUGUAUCGCUCGUGAGGUGAAAGGUAGCACUAUGACACUGUCUUCAAUCAUUUAAAUGUGUUUUAUUGACAGAAGCCGUAGCUUUAAAUGUGUUUAUAACAUUUUUAUUAACGUAAUACUGUAAAUGCCGUUAUUUUUGCGCUACCACACGUUAGGUCACGUCGAAGGUAAUUCAACCAGCUAGCUAAAUUAGUUAAAUGUGAUUAUUUUUCCACUUUGGCGCCAAUGCCUCGCUUCGAGAAGUCAAAUGGAAGCAAACCGAAACAAACCAGACCCAAGUUAGACUGGACGUUCGUGCAGAGGUUCUGCAGUAUUCUGAAGGUUCUGUUCCCGUCAUGGAGCAGUCCGAUUGUCCUCAUGUUUGCUACGCUGCUUGGAGUCACUUUAGCAGAGCAGCUGAUCAUUUACCAAGUAGGCGUCCUUCCCAGUCGCUUUUACAACGUGCUGGCCGACAAGGACAACGAGGGCUUCAAGAGCCUUCUGCUCACUGCAGGGCUAGUUAUUAUACUCAACUCCACUUUGAAAAGUUUGGACCAGUACAUCGCUAGCUUGAUGUAUGUUAACUGGAGGAAGACGCUAACGGAGAGUCUACACAAGGCCUACUUUCAGGGGCGGGUCUACUACACCCUCAAUGUUCUCCGAGAAGACAUCGACAACCCCGAUCAGCGAAUAAGUCAGGAUGUGGAAAGGCUGUGCAAGCAGAUGAGUGCCAUGGCAAGCCGGCUGAUUGUGUCACCAUUCACGCUGACGUAUUAUACCUACCACUGUUUCUACAGCACUGGCUGGAUGGGCCCAGUAAGCAUUUUUGCCUUCUUUGUGGUUGGUACGGUGGCCAACAAAAUCCUCAUGGGGCCUGUGGUGUCCACUCUGUGCGAGCAAGAGAAACUAGAGGGCGACUUCAGAUUCAAGCACAUGCAGAUCCGAGUCAACGCUGAGUCGGCGGCUUUUUACAGGGCCGGUAUAGUGGAGCACAUGAGGACGGACAGACGCCUGCAAACUUUGCUGAAAACUCAGCAAAGUCUAAUCAACAAUCAGCUGUGGCUCUCUCUGGGGGUCAACACUUUUGAUUUCAUGGGCGGAUUCCUCAGCUACAUCAUCAUCGCCAUUCCCAUUUUCGCCGGACUCUAUGACGGUUUAACACCUGGCGAGCUCAGCGCACUCAUCAGCAGGAACGCCUUCGUGUGCAUCUACCUGAUCAACUGCUUCACGCAACUACUGGACCUUUGCACCACGCUGUCAGACGUAGCUGGUUACACCCACAGGAUCGGCGAGCUGAAGGAAGUGAUGGACGACGUCCUACGCGAGCAGUGUGACUACGACCCGGCUUCGGGGGAAAGCUACGACUUCGACAGUGACUUCAACAUUCACGGUGGCCCCGUUGACACGGCUUUUAUUGUGGACCACCUGUCCUACAAGUCCCCCUACUCGGAUCAGCGUCUGGUGGAGGACCUGAGCCUGACCGUGAGUGAAGGCAUGCAUCUUCUGGUGGUGGGCAACACCGGCACGGGCAAGACGUCGCUUUUGAGGGUCCUCAACAGGCUGUGGGAGGCCGAGCAAGGUUUCGUCCAAAUGACUACAUGCUUCGGGCCAAGAGGAACCCUCUUCCUGCCCCAAAAACCAUACCUGACGGAUGGCACCCUGCGUGAGCAGGUUAUAUACCCACUCAAGGACAUUUACCCUGCAUCAGGGUCUGUUGAUGAUGACAGAAUAAUGAAGUUUCUGGAGCUGGCAGGGGUGUCAAGUCUGGUGAAGCGGACAGGUGGUCUGGAUAAAGUUGUGGACUGGAACUGGUACGACGUUCUGUCUCCUGGUGAGAUGCAGCGUCUUUGUUUCGCUCGACUCUUCUACCUGCAGCCCAAAUACGCAGUUCUGGAUGAAGCCACCAGCGCCUUGACAGAGGAAGCGGAAGCCAAACUGUAUCGCACGUGUAAGCAGCUUGGCAUGACGCUCGUCAGCGUGGGACACCGCACAAGUUUGGAGAAGCACCACGACUUACAGCUGAAAUUAUGUGGCGACGGCGCCUGGGAGUUGAAACGGAUUAAAGUGAAUCCGACAGAGACCGCCAUGUGAGCACAAACGCCUGCAGAACAUGCUUCCAGUAUUCACUGUCAUAGAAAGCGAUAGACGAACGUUUCACCGGGCGUCUAUCGCCGUCUAUUUGAGCAACGAGUCUUUAAAAGUGCUUCCAGCGAGACUACAAGUUGAUUGUUUACAGUACGUUGUUUUGUUGUCAUAAAAAGCAAAUAAAACAGUACAAAAUGGAAGAAAAUGUUCAGUUUCCACAGAGGUCGCGAUGACCUUGGAUGAUCUCCUGCACGGCUGCGGGAUCGUCCAACGUGCUGAGGUCACCCAAGUCGCCGACGUCUCGCUCGACCACCUUGCGUAAAACCCGACGCAUAAUCUUGCCCGAACGCGUCUUCGGGAGACGUUGGACAAACUGUCAGGGGAAAAAAAACACAAAAA